AUGUCUUCAUCUAUCUGCGAUAAACCCCCGCCUCCUCCAGGCGGACAGAAAGUCGUCAAUGUGACAGACCCACGUGUAAUCAAGGCGUCAUUCGUUGGCAUCGAGUCCAUCAACCUGCAAAAUGGAUUUGGGGAAGACGUGCUGAGAGAGGUCAUCUACAAAAUCACUAACGCCACAGAACAGGUGGUGAAUGGUGAAUUGUUUCGUUUGAUUAUGGAGGUUGGGCCCUCUGAAUGCUUUAAUACAUUGAUGAAUAUUGGGAAAAAUGCAGCUGAGUGUCCGCUAUUGUCACCUAAAUUGGUACAUCCAUGCUUUACUGAAGUUUUAUCAAGGAAUUGGACAGUGCCGCAACACCUUACGUUAAACAUAUCAUGCCAACCAUUACCAAACAUAGAGAGUGCUGGUUUACAUAAGAUUGUGUAG